GACAUGGCACAAAUUGCACACGAUCCCUGGGAAAGGAGCGGAAAAGCAUGCCCGCAGCCUCCCGCAGGAAGCAUCCGUGCGGUCAUUGCACGCAAGCCAAACGCGGGCUGGCAGGGUGGGGCGCGAGGGCGCCGCGUUGCUCCGCUCCGGUCUCUUAAGGGGAGGGGCUCUUCGGCGGGACUCGGUAAUUUGCAGCCGAUCCCUUGCCUGGGUUUGUUAUGGUCCCCUUGCGUGCAUUUGCAGACUAGGUGAUCUGAGCUCUGAAGCUCGCGGCGGCUGCUGCAGCUGACCUGGGAAAGAGAGUCGCUGCCAACGCUUGCAAAAAGGGGUCUGGCCAUGCAGCCGGGCAUGUGCAGACGGUCCCUCGGUUCGUCGGUGGGGAUUGCCGGCUAAUGGGGCGGAAGACCAGGCGAGCGCUCAGCUGUCCAGAGGCACCGCUGCUGCUUCUCAGCAAGAAGUGAAGCUCUUGGGCGGUUUUCUGGGAACUUCGUCAGGACUUCGAGAAGAGAUUCAGUGAGCCAGAUAUUAACCAGGAUCACGCGUUCUCCCUUCCCUCCUAUUAACAUUGCUGCCUGUAUUUGGGGAUCAGCCAGCUGUUGUCUAGGGAUUUCUUGAAGCAAGAUCUUAAUCUACUAUGCCAAAAGGUUUCCUGUAGACUCUAUCAUCACAGAUGUAUUCACAGUAAAGGACCUGGUACAGAAGCUCUUUGAGUUUUUUUUAGUUCCACGGACAGACUGCUCCAUAAUGACAGCGACUGAUACCAGUUUCUGGGAGUGAAUCAGAAGUAGGGAGUGACCCUUCUCAGGUAUUUUAUGGAGUGAGACACCCAAGAAGACCACCCACAUCAUCGAUGGACAGCAUAUUCAUAGACGACCCUACGUCAGGGGAUGGGAGCCCCCUCUCCCUGAGUGUCCUCACACUUCUAGAUUCCCUGAGCAACAGCACCGAAGAACAGUGCUUUAGUGCCCGGUCACGUAGCACAGUCUUGCAAGGACUGCCUUUUGGUGGGGUACCCACUGUACUUGCUCUCAACUUCAUCCUCUGGCUGCUCCUCCUCUUGGUCUUCUCCUGCCUUCGGAAAGCAGCUUGGGACUAUGGGCGCCUGGCUUUGCUGGUAGAUAAUGACAGCCGCUUCCCUCCAAGCACAUGGAAUUCCUACGACUUGACAUCACUCUUCUAUGGGGAGCAAAGUGAAAAAGAGAAAUCUCCAUCAGAGACCAGUCCCCUGGAUGCAGAUAACAAAGAUGUGGGAUUCUGCUCCUGGCUCCUGUCCAUCUACCAGAUGAAGGAUGAGGAAAUUCAAAGCAAAUGUGGAAUCGAUGCCACCACCUACCUGUCCUUCCAGCGGCAUCUCCUGGUGCUGCUUAUGAUCCUCUGUGUGCUCUCUGUGGCUGUCAUCCUCCCAGUCAACUUCUCUGGAGACCUCCUGGGGAAGCAUCCAGCUAAUUUUGGCCGAACUACAAUUGCCAAUGUUCCAAAAGAUGACCGGCUGUUGUGGCUGCACAGUAUCUUUGCCCUGCUCUACUUCAUUAUAACCAUCCUCUGCAUGGCUCAUCACUCCAUUCAACUUGACUACAAAGAGAAUGAGAAGGUGGCCCGGACGUUGAUGGUAACUGGGGUUCCAAAAGAGAUCACUGACCCGUCCCUUGUCAUCAAACACUUCCAUGAGGCUUACCCGAGCUGCACGGUGACUGGCGUCCAGUUCUGCUCAGAUGUACGCAAACUGAUGAAAUUGGAUUCAGAGAGGCGCAAGGCAAUGAAAGGGAGAUUAUAUUUUACCACCAAGGCUCAGAAGGAGGGGAAAAUCAUGAUCAAGAUCCACCCUUGUUCCCGCAUCUUCUGCUGCCGUAUCUGUGGCUUUGAAGAGGUGGAUGCUGAGCAAUACUAUGGGGAGCUGGAGGAGAAGUUGACAGAUGAGUUUAAUGCCGAACGCAGCCGAAUUGCACUCAAGCGCCUCGAUAUGGCUUUUGUCACAUUCCAGGAUGAGAGGAUGACAGCCACCAUUUUGAAGGAUUACAGCCGAACCCACUGCCGCAAGCAUCCGCAGCAGUCCUCCGUUACCACAGUGGUGAAAUCCCAUUGCUGGGGGGUCAGAUAUGCCCCUGCACCAAACGACAUCAUCUGGGAGAACUUGUCCGUCCGUGGUGCAUCGUGGUGGGUGCGAUUUAUCCUGCUCAACAUCUGCCUCUUCAUCCUCCUCUUCUUCCUCACCACGCCCGCCAUCAUUGUCAACACCAUGGACAUGUUCAACGUUACACGGCCUGUGGAGAGCCUCAAGAAUCCGAUUGUCACCCAGUUCUUCCCUACUCUGCUGCUGUGGGCCUUCUCUGUGUUCCUCCCUUUCAUUGUGUAUUACUCAGCUUUCUUUGAGGCACACUGGACGAGAUCAAAUGAAAAUCAGCUGACAAUGCACAAGUGUUACUUUUUCUUGGUCUUUAUGGUUAUCAUAUUGCCUUCGCUUGGAUUAACCAGUUUGGAUCUCUUUUUCCGGUGGCUCUUUGACAUCCAUUUCUUGGAUGAGGCCCAGAUAAAGUUUCAGUGUGUGUUCCUUCCUGACAAUGGCGCUUUCUUCGUCAAUUACGUCAUCACCUCCAGCCUGAUAGGAACAUCCAUGGAGUUGCUUCGCAUUCCUGCGCUUAUUGUCUAUGCCACCCGACUGUGCUUUGCCAAGUCUGAACCAGAGCGACUUCAUAUUAAGCGGAACCAAGCAUACGAGUUCCAGUUUGGAUUGGAAUAUGCCUGGACCUGUUGCAUUUUUGCUGUUGUUACAACCUACAGCAUUACCUGUCCUAUUAUUGUCCCCUUUGGUUUGCUCUAUAUGCUGCUGAAGCAUAUGGUUGAUCGCUACAAUAUUUACUACGUGUAUAUUCCCACCAAGCUGAACCAGCGUAUCCACUCCGCAGCUGUAAGCCAGGUGGUGGUGGCUCCGAUCCUCUGCAUGUUCUGGCUGCUGUUCUUCUCCAUCCUCCGUCUAGGCCUCAUCCGGCCCAUCACCCUCUUCACCUGCGUGGUCCUUUUCUGCUGCAUCCUUUUUUCCUUCUUAGGCCUGUGUCUGAAGAAGCUACAUCCAAGGAAACCCUCCAGUUACCAGAUGUCUGAGCAAUCUGAGGGGGCAUUCAAUGAUACAGAAAGGAGCAGCAUCUCUUCCACCCCCAAUUCCAAUAUGUUUGUAGCUACAGUGCUGCAAGAGCCAGAGCUGAGUCUGACCCCAGCCGCCUCCCCGGCUCAUCAGUCAUACGGCACUAUGGGCACCCGCCUUGAACAAGUGGAGAAUAUGGACGAGGGUGGCAUGCAGAGCUUUGAGACAGAGCUGGAAAGCACAGAGGGUGAAUAUGGGACGGAGCUGGUGUUGGACAACCAGAGUUCCUAUCAUUGACGACCUCCAUUCAGAUCAAUGAACUAAAUAGAAAUGUCUAAAUGUCAAAAGAGCGUCGGAGGGAAGUGUCGCGCCCUAAGGCCUAGAUUGUUCUGUGCUUAUGUGUACCAGUCCUGUGGUAAACCACUCCUGGGCAAGGAUCUGGUUCUUGCUAAGAGGUCUAGGACCCAUCGGGCUGAUAAUGAAUCAUGAGCCUUCUAUGCUGCAUGUCUUGUGGCCUCAGUCUUGGGAUGGUGGCUGACUGCUGAGCUCAGGUAGCUUGACUUGUGGUGGAGGCGGAACUAACAAGGGAGAUUUGCGGGGGCUUCCUUGCUUCCAACAGCUCCAGUGGUUCCGCAGCCUGUUCCAUUUGCUGCCUCUCAUCCUUCCGUACCAGGUCCUACAGACUUCCAUUGCCUGACUCUUCUGAUAAACCUCCAAUCUCAGUCACCCUGUUUUCCUCAUGCUCUCCAUUUCUUUGCUUUCCAUUGACGUCUUCUCUGACUAUGGGGAACCACUUCUGCUGUGUGUGGAGCCUUCUGCUGGCAACGGUCAAGGAACAAGACUGUGGAGAUCCCACCAUACUAUCCCCACACCUAGUGGGCGUGAACUUUUUCAGAAGCUUUUGGGGAUCUGGGAGGGGCAGGGAGUUUCCUGAAAUGAAUUCAACAUAAACAAUGGUUUUUGUUGCAGAAGGCCCCCCAGGGAUUCCUGAAUGCUGCGGGGACAGCAAGAGACUCUGUUGUGAAUGAUAAAAACUCUUAAGCUGCUGCUGCUUUUGCCCAAAUGAGCUGCCUUUAAGAAAGAUUUGCUCUGCC